AUGUUGCCGCUAAGCCUCGCGGGGCGCCCGGCGGAGCGCGGGCGGCCCGACCCGUCGCGGGGGCUGUGCUGGCUGGCAGUCCUUUGCCCGCCGGGCUACGUGGUCGCGGGCGCCGGCGGGAAGAACGCGCGCCUGAGCGUCCCGCAGAACUGCAUCACGACCCCGCACGUCGACCGCAUGGGCGUCGUCCGGGUGCGCGUGCAGACCCCCUGCUGCGGCCGGCCGCUGGCUGGCGUGGCGCUCUGCAUCGGCGGCUGCCGGGCGGACGAGACGGGCCUCGACGGGCGCGCGGAGUUGCAGCUGCCCCGCGGUUGCCACGUGUUGACGUCGCCAGGCUGCCCAGGGGCGGAGCUGCGGCUGGACGUGGACCCGGACGCGGACGCCCGCGGGGGCGCCGGCAGCGACGGGGGCGAAAACGAGGACGAGGACGCAGGGCAAGCGCCGCACGACCUCCACGUGGGGGGCGAGCUGGUCCUCUUCCUCAAGGACUUCCGGCGGGAGGGCCAGCGGGACGGCGUGUUCUUGGGCGCCAACCGCCAGGCCAUCGAGGCGGACGACGAGGCGCACCCCUACUCGGGCAGCGUGUGCCUCCCCGCCGACGCCGCCGGGGCGGCCGCCGGCAGCGGCGCGGCGGGGCCGACGGUGCGAAGUGGCGCCCCCUGCCACGACGCGGUGUCGCAGAUCAUGGUCCGGCCAGCAGACGGGAGAGAGUUCGAGCUGGCGGACAAGUUCGUGGAGUGGGUGGACUCGCUCAGGGGCGAGUGCUUGAUGGCGAUGCUCUUCAGCGGGGAGAUCCCUCCCCCGCGCCUGGGAGUCCUGCUGGGCGAAGUGCGCGAGUCACAAUCGCAGGCACCGCUCGGCAGCCUGGAGGGCGCAGCCGAGGAGGCCUCCGUGGGCGCGCCGCUGACCGCCGCGGCCCCCGCCUGGGAGCCCGCGGCCCCGCCAUGCGCACCGGCCGCGCCCGCGGCGCGCCCC